AUGAAAGCCAUGCCUUGGAACUGGACUUGCCUUCUCUCCCAUCUCCUGAUGGUAGGGAUGAGCUCCUCCACUCUGCUCCCCCGGCAGCCACCCCCACCGUCCCCGAAGCGGUCUUUUGUCACGUUCCGUGGGGAGCCAGCCGAGGGUUUCAACCACCUGGUGGUGGACGAGAGGACAGGGCACAUUUACUUGGGGGCCGUCAACCGGAUCUACAAGCUCUCCAGUGACCUGAAGGUCUUGGUGACCCACCAGACAGGGCCGGACGAGGACAACCCUAAGUGUUACCCACCGCGCAUCGUCCAGACAUGCAACGAGCCCCUGACCACCACCAACAAUGUCAACAAGAUGCUCCUGAUAGACUACAAAGAGAACAGGCUCAUUGCCUGUGGGAGCCUGUACCAAGGCAUCUGCAAGCUUCUCAGGCUUGAGGACCUCUUCAAGCUGGGGGAGCCUUUCCACAAGAAGGAACACUACCUGUCGGGAGUCAAUGAGAGUGGCUCCGUCUUUGGAGUAAUCGUCUCCUACAGCAACCUGGACGACAAGCUCUUCAUCGCCACUGCAGUGGAUGGGAAGCCGGAGUACUUCCCUACCAUCUCCAGCCGGAAGCUGACCAAGAACUCCGAGGCAGAUGGCAUGUUCGCUUAUGUCUUCCACGAUGAGUUUGUGGCCUCGAUGAUUAAGAUUCCUUCGGACACCUUCACCGUCAUCCCCGACUUUGACAUCUACUAUGUCUAUGGCUUCAGCAGCGGCAAUUUUGUCUACUUUUUGACCCUCCAGCCUGAGAUGGUGUCUCCGCCAGGCUCUACCACAAAGGAACAGGUCUAUACCUCCAAGCUCGUGAGGCUCUGCAAGGAGGACACGGCCUUCAACUCCUAUGUGGAGGUGCCCAUUGGCUGUGAGCGCAGCGGGGUCGAGUACCGCCUGUUGCAGGCCGCCUACCUGUCCAAAGCUGGUGCUGUGCUCGCCCGGACCCUUGGAGUUCGUCCAGAGGAUGACCUCCUCUUCACUGUCUUCUCCAAGGGCCAAAAGCGGAAAAUGAAAUCCCUGGAUGAGUCAGCCCUGUGCAUCUUCAUCUUGAAGCAGAUCAACGAUCGCAUUAAGGAGCGACUGCAGUCCUGCUAUCGGGGGGAGGGUACGCUGGACCUAGCCUGGCUCAAGGUGAAGGACAUUCCCUGCAGCAGCGCGCUCUUAACCAUUGACGAUAAUUUCUGUGGCCUGGAUAUGAAUGCCCCCCUGGGUGUGUCCGAGAUGGUGCGCGGCAUUCCCGUCUUCACGGAGGACAGGGACCGCAUGACUUCUGUCAUCGCAUACGUCUACAAGAAUCACUCUCUGGCCUUCGUGGGCACCAAAAGUGGCAAGCUGAAGAAGUUGAAAAUAGAGCUACCGUACAACCCAGCAAUUGCACCACUGGGGGGCAAUGCCCUCCAGUAUGAGAUGGUGCAGGUAGUAGAGCCCGGCCCAGUCCUCCGGGAUAUGGCCUUCUCCAAGGACCACGAGCAACUCUACAUCAUGUCAGAAAGGCAGCUCACCAGGGUCCCCGUGGAGUCCUGUGGUCAGUAUCAGAGCUGCAGCGAGUGCCUUGGCUCCGGCGACCCCCACUGUGGCUGGUGUGUGCUCCACAACACGUGCACCCGGAAGGAGCGCUGUGAGCGGUCCAGAGAGCCCCGCAGGUUUGCCUCUGAGAUGAAGCAAUGCGUCCGGCUGACCGUCCAUCCCAGCAACAUCUCUGUUUCCCAGUACAAUGUCCUGCUGGUCCUAGAGACAUACAAUGUCCCGGAGCUGUCAGCUGGCGUCAACUGCACCUUUGAGGACCUGUCAGAGAUGGAUGGGCUGGUGAUAGGCAAUCAGAUCCAGUGCUACUCCCCAGCAGCCAAGGAGGUGCCCCGGAUAAUCACCGAGAACGGGGACCACCAUGUCGUCCAGCUGCAGCUCAAGUCGAAGGAGACAGGCAUGACCUUUGCCAGCACCAGCUUUGUCUUUUACAACUGCAGUGUCCACAAUUCGUGCUUGUCCUGCGUGGAGAGCCCAUAUCAAUGUCACUGGUGCAAAUACCGGCACGUCUGUACCCAUGACCCCAAGUCUUGCUCCUUCCAGGAAGGCCGAGUGAAGCUGCCCGAGGACUGCCCCCAGCUGCUGCGAGUGGACAAGAUCCUGGUGCCCGUGGAGGUGAUCAAGCCCAUCACUCUGAAGGCCAAGAACCUCCCCCAGCCGCAGUCCGGGCAGCGCGGGUACGAAUGCAUUCUCAGCAUCCAGGGCACGGAGCAGAGGGUGCCCGCCCUGCGCUUCAACAGCUCCAGCGUGCAGUGCCAGAACACCUCUUAUUCGUAUGAAGGGAUGGAGAUCAACAAUCUGCCAGUGGAGCUGACGGUUGUGUGGAAUGGGCAUUUCAACAUUGACAACCCAGCUCAGAACAAAGUUCACCUAUAUAAGUGCGGAGCCAUGCGGGAGAGCUGCGGGCUGUGCCUCAAGGCGGACCUGGACUUUCAGUGCGGCUGGUGCCAGGUCCAGGGCCAGUGUACCCUGCGGCAGCACUGUCCCAUGCAUGAGAGCCAGUGGCUGGAGCUGUCGGGCACCAACAGCAGGUGCACCCACCCCCGCAUCACAGAGAUAAUCCCAGUGACAGGUCCCCGGGAAGGGGGCACCAAGGUCACCAUCCGAGGGGAGAACCUGGGCCUGGAAUUCCGGGACAUCGCCUCCCACGUCAAGGUGGCCGGUGUGGAGUGCAGCCCUUUGGUGGAUGGCUACAUCCCUGCAGAACAGAUCGUGUGCGAGAUGGGGGAGGCCAAGCCCAGCCAGCACGCAGGCUUUGUGGAUAUCUGUGUGGCCGUGUGUCGGCCCGAGUUCAUGGCCCGGUCCUCACAACUCUAUUACUUCAUGACACUGACUCUCUCGGACCUGAAGCCCAGGCGGGGGCCCAUGUCCGGGGGCACCCAAGUGACCAUCACGGGCACCAACCUGAACGCGGGCAGCAACGUGGUGGUGAUGUUCGGGAAGCAGCCGUGCCUCUUCCACAGACGCUCUCCGUCCUACAUCGUCUGCAACACCACAUCCUCAGAUGAGGUGCUGGAAAUGAAGGUGAUGGUGCAAGUGGACAAGGCCAGUAUCCACCAGGACCUGUUCUUCCAGUACAUGGAGGACCCCACCAUCGUGCGCAUCGAGCCAGAGUGGAGCAUAGUCAGUGGAAACACACCCAUCGCCGUGUGGGGGACUCACCUGGACCUCAUACAGAAUCCCCAGAUCCGUGCCAAGCAUGGAGGGAAGGAGCACAUCAAUCUCUGUGAGGUUCUGAAUGCUACUGAGAUGACCUGCCAGGCUCCGGCCCUCGCUCUGGGGCCCGACCACCAGUCCGACCUGACCGAGAGGCCCGAGGAGUUUGGCUUCAUCCUGGACAACGUCCAGUCCCUGCUAAUCCUCAACAAGACCAACUUCACCUAUUAUCCCAACCCUGUGUUCGAGGCCUUUGGGCCCUCAGGAAUCCUGGAGCUCAAGCCCGGCACUCCCAUCAUCCUGAAGGGCAAGAACCUGAUCCCCCCUGUGGCCGGGGGCAAUGUGAAGCUGAACUACACCGUGCUGGUGGGGGAGAAGCCGUGCACUGUGACGGUGUCCGACGUGCAGCUGCUCUGCGAGUCCCCCAACCUCAUCGGCAGGCACAAAGUGAUGGCCCGCGUCGGUGGCAUGGAGUACUCCCCGGGGAUGGUGUACGUCGCCCCAGACAGCCCGCUCAGCCUGCCCGCCAUCGUUAGCAUCGCCGUGGCCGGCGGCCUCCUGGUCAUCUUCAUCGUCGCCGUCCUCAUCGCCUACAAACGCAAGUCCCGUGAAAGUGACCUCACGCUGAAGCGGCUGCAGAUGCAAAUGGACAACCUGGAGUCACGAGUGGCGCUCGAGUGCAAAGAAGCUUUUGCCGAGCUGCAGACAGACAUCCAUGAGCUGACCAGUGACCUGGAUGGAGCUGGGAUCCCCUUCCUGGACUACAGAACCUACACCAUGCGGGUGCUGUUCCCCGGGAUUGAAGACCACCCGGUGCUCCGGGACCUGGAGGUUCCGGGCUACCGGCAGGAGCGCGUGGAGAAGGGCCUGAAGCUCUUUGCCCAGCUCAUCAACAACAAGGUGUUCCUGCUGUCCUUCAUCCGCACCCUGGAGUCUCAACGCAGCUUCUCCAUGCGCGACCGCGGCAACGUGGCCUCGCUCAUCAUGACCGUGCUGCAGAGCAAGCUGGAAUACGCCACCGACGUGCUGAAGCAGCUGCUGGCCGACCUCAUCGACAAGAACCUGGAGAGCAAGAACCACCCCAAGCUGCUGCUCAGGAGGACUGAGUCGGUGGCCGAGAAGAUGCUGACCAACUGGUUCACCUUCCUGCUCUACAAGUUCCUCAAGGAGUGUGCUGGGGAGCCCCUGUUCUCGCUCUUCUGUGCCAUCAAGCAGCAGAUGGAGAAGGGGCCCAUCGACGCCAUCACAGGAGAGGCCCGCUACUCUCUGAGCGAGGACAAGCUCAUCCGCCAGCAGAUCGACUACAAAACCCUGGUCCUGAGCUGUGUCAACCCAGACAAUGCCAACAGCCCCGAGGUCCCAGUGAAGAUCCUCAACUGCGACACCAUUACUCAGGUCAAGGAGAAGAUUCUGGAUGCCAUCUUUAAGAAUGUGCCCUGCUCCCACCGGCCCAAGGCUGCAGAUAUGGACCUGGAGUGGCGACAAGGAAGCGGGGCGAGGAUGAUCCUGCAGGAUGAAGACAUCACCACCAAAAUUGAGAAUGACUGGAAGAGACUGAACACCCUGGCCCAUUACCAGGUGCCAGAUGGUUCUGUGGUGGCUUUAGUGUCCAAGCAGGUGACAGCCUACAAUGCAGUGAACAACUCCACAGUCUCCAGGACCUCAGCGAGUAAAUACGAAAACAUGAUCCGGUACACGGGCAGCCCCGACAGCCUCCGCUCGCGCACACCCAUGAUCACCCCCGACCUGGAGAGCGGAGUCAAGAUGUGGCAUCUGGUCAAGAACCACGAGCACGGGGACCAGAAGGAGGGCGACCGGGGGAGCAAGAUGGUGUCUGAGAUCUAUCUGACACGUCUCCUGGCCACGAAGGGCACCCUGCAGAAGUUUGUGGACGACCUCUUCGAGACCAUCUUCAGCACGGCUCACCGGGGCUCCGCCCUGCCCCUGGCCAUCAAGUACAUGUUCGACUUCCUGGACGAGCAGGCGGACAAGCACGGCAUUCACGACCCCCACGUCCGCCACACCUGGAAGAGCAACUGCCUGCCCCUGCGGUUUUGGGUCAACAUGAUCAAGAACCCCCAGUUUGUGUUUGACAUCCAUAAGAACAGCAUCACGGACGCCUGCCUGUCCGUGGUGGCCCAGACCUUCAUGGACUCCUGCUCCACAUCAGAGCACCGGCUGGGCAAGGACUCCCCCUCCAACAAGCUGCUCUACGCCAAGGACAUCCCCAGCUACAAGAACUGGGUAGAAAGGUAUUACGCAGACAUCGGGAAGAUGCCGGCCAUCAGCGACCAGGACAUGAACGCGUACCUGGCUGAGCAGUCCCGGAUGCACAUGAAUGAGUUCAACGCCAUGAGCGCGCUCUCGGAGAUCUUCUCCUACGUGGGCAAGUACAGCGAGGAGAUCCUCGGACCUCUGGACCAUGACGACCAGUGCGGAAAGCAGAAACUGGCCUACAAACUAGAACAAGUCAUAACCCUCAUGAGCUUAGACAGCUGAGAACCGUCCUUCCAGGGCCCCUGGGGGGAGGGACACACCAAGCCGUGCCUCAGUCUAGAUUAUCAUCUUUACCAAGUGCAAGUUCCGACUGGCGUCAGCAGCAUCCCCUGAGCAGCGCUGUCUCUCUCUCCGCCUCUUUCUGUCUCUCCCUCCUCCCUGCGUCCCUUCUCUCUCUGUGGCUCUACCAACACGAUGGAACCAGGCCACCACCCCUCAGCUAGUCCAGGAUGGCCAGGCUCACGCGGGGA